AAAAGACGACUUUUAAAAGUAACUCCAGUUGCUGUAAACAAAGCUAUUAAAAAUGAAGAGGAAAUUGCAUGCGCUCGUAAUGCCCAUAUUAAAGAUUCUACUGCUCUUUGUGAAUUUUUUGCUUGGUUAACUCAGGAAAUUUCUGAAGGAAACAUCACUGAAAUUUCUGCUGCAGAAAAACUUGAAAGUUUUAGAAAAUCAAAAGAGGAUUAUGUUGGCCCCAGCUUUGAAACUAUAUCUGCUUCAGGUCCAAACGCCUCCAUUAUUCAUUACCAUCCAACACCUGAAACAAACCGAAAAAUUACUGCUGAAGAAAUGUAUCUUUGUGAUAGUGGUGGUCAGUAUAGGGAUGGAACAACUGAUGUCACUAGAACAUGGCAUUUUGGAAUACCAUCUUCUUUUGAAAAAGAGUGCUACACGGUAGUUUUAAAAGGUCAUAUUUCACUUUCUUCUGCCGUAUUUCCGAAAUUUGUAAAAGGGCAACUUUUAGAUACACUAGCACGUAAAUAUUUGUGGGAAUAUGGCUUGAAUUAUUUGCAUGGUACUGGUCAUGGUGUUGGAGCUUAUCUUAAUGUUCAUGAAGGGCCAAUUGGUAUUAGCUUUCGUGCUCAUCCAGAUGAUCCUGGUUUGCAACCUGGCAUGAUCCUGUCUAUUGAGCCUGGAUAUUAUGAAGACGAGCAGUUUGGCAUUAGAUUGGAAAAUCUAGCUGUGAUAAAAAAGAUUCAAACUCUGCAUAAUUUUCGGAAUGUGGAAUAUCUUACUUUCGAACCAUUGACACUUGUCCCUUUCCAAGCAAAAUUAAUAGAGCCUUCAAUGUUGACAGCAGAGGAGUUAAAAUGGUUGAAUGACUACCAUGCUUCUUGUAGAGAAAUUAUUAGUAAAGCUUUAGAAGAACAAGGAAAGGAAGAAACUCGUCAGUGGCUUUUUAGAGAGACUAUGCCUUUAGGAUAAUAAUCAAAGUUUUAGAAUUUAAUCAAAAUUGACCUUUCAUUAGCUUUAUGUAUAGGACUAAUCCUUUGUAAUUAAGUGACAAUGAAAUAUAUAGAAACAUAUGUUCAAAUAUAUUUACACGUUUGCAUUUGGAUAAUAAUUAGUUUUGUCAAAUUUGGAUUGCUCAAAAUUAGUUUGCUAAAAAUUGUCAUUUUUUAUGAAUAAUAAAUAAAUAUUUUGCAA